UACAUCCAUCCAUCCCUAUCCAUACGUUUUGGGCUACGAAUAUACGGAGGCAAAAGAUGCAAAGCGAAAGAAAAAAAGGAUUAAAAAAGCCAAAAAAAGGAAGAGGGUCUCCUAGAUUUCUGCUUUUUCACUCGAAAUUAUCUUGUUUAUAAAUCAUUUCUCGACUCUUCUGGCGCUGCUUCCUUCUCCCUAGUCUCUUCGCUUCUCCAUUAGUCGCCAGCAGAUCUCCGAGUUCGUUUUCGUCUUUGUUACCUGCUCCUCUCUAUCGCUGAGCAAUUGGGGUUUAGGGCAUUCAUCGAGUAGGAAUGCAAAAAGUUUCCAUGCUCGGUUUGAUUUUGGUUACUUUAUGGUAGCUGGUGGUGUCUGUUGUUCUGGUUUGGUGCUUGAGUUUUUGGUUCAGGUUUUGGGAUUGCAGGUGGGGAAGUGUAUGAGGGAUUUGGUUUGGGUAAUUUUAUUAUGUUCCGUGGAGGAUUCGGGAAGGAGCAUGAGGAGGGAUUGUGGGUUUGUGAUCCGGAGCAGGGGUAGGUGGGGAAAAUGCGGUUGAGUCUUCCUUUAGUCGAUUAACAAUUGAAGUUUUUCUAUUUUGGUGCUGAACUGGAUUUCUGAUUUCGUAUUCACUGUUCUGGAAGUUGGGUUUGAGAGUUUCUGGAAAUGCAGCCUGAACACCGCAAGAAGAGUUCUACGGAAUUGGAUUUUUUUUCUGAAUAUGGUGACGCCAACAGAUUCAAAAUCCAGGAAGUUAUUGGAAAGGGGAGUUAUGGGGUGGUUUGUUCAGCAGUUGACACUCUCACAAAUGAAAAAGUGGCAAUAAAGAAGAUACAUGAUAUUUUUGAACAUGUAUCUGAUGCUGCCCGUAUUCUUCGUGAGAUAAAGCUGCUCAGACUUCUACGUCAUCCCGAUAUUGUCGAAAUCAAACACAUUAUGUUGCCACCUUCUCGUAGAGGCUUCAAAGAUAUCUUUGUUGUGUUUGAGUUGAUGGAAUCAGAUUUGCAUCAAGUCAUCAAGGCCAAUGAUGAUUUAACAAAAGAGCACUAUCAAUUUUUUCUGUACCAGUUGCUCCGUGCGUUGAAAUAUAUUCACACAGCAAAUGUCUACCAUCGGGAUUUAAAACCAAAGAAUAUAUUGGCAAAUGCAAAUUGCAAACUCAAAAUUUGUGAUUUCGGAUUGGCUAGAGUUGCUUUCAGUGACACGCCGACAACAAUAUUUUGGACGGACUAUGUUGCUACUAGAUGGUAUAGGGCACCCGAGCUCUGUGGUUCUUUCUUCUCUAAGUAUACUCCUGCCAUUGACAUUUGGAGUAUCGGCUGCAUAUUUGCUGAAGUACUAACCAGAAAACCACUUUUUCCUGGUAAAAAUGUUGUUCAUCAGCUCGACUUGAUGACAGAUCUCCUUGGAACGCCUUCCUUAGACACCAUUUCUCGAGUAAGAAAUGAAAAGGCCAGGAGGUACUUAACUAGUAUGAGGAAGAAGCAGCCAAUACCCUUUUCACAGAAGUUUCCAAAUGCAGAUCCUCUAGCCCUGCAAUUGCUAGCACGAUUGCUUGCAUUUGAUCCGAAGGAUCGACCUACUGCCCAAGAGGCAUUGGCAGAUCCUUACUUUAAGGGGCUGGCAAAAGUUGAGAGAGAACCUUCUUGCCAGCAAAUCUCAAAGGUGGAAUUUGAAUUUGAGAGGAGAAAGGUCACAAAGGACGACAUUCGCGAGCUGAUAUUCCGUGAGAUACUAGAAUACCAUCCUCAACUGCUGAAAGACUACUUGAACGGAACUGAGAGAUCAAAUUUUCUCUAUCCAAGUGCACUCGAUCAGUUCAAAAAACAAUUUGCUCAUCUCGAAGAUAAUGGAGGGAAAAGUGGACCAGUUUAUCCUCUAGAAAGAAAGCACGCUUCUCUUCCCAGGUCUUCUGUACAGUCAAAUACUAUUCCUCCAAAAGCAACAUCAAAUAUUGUUUCUUUUAGAGACCGAUAUGCGCCAGCAGGGUCGUUCAACAACCAGCAUUACAGAGAUCCAGCAGCACAGAGGAUUGCUGCUACCCAAGUCAAGCCUGGAAGAAUUGCAGGCCCGGUCAUGCCGUAUGACAAUGGAAGUGUCGUUAAAGAUGCCUACGACCCGAGAAUGUUAAUUAGAAGUGCUCUCCCUUCUCACGCUAUCCAUCCAACAUAUUAUUACCGCCAAUCUUGCAGCCAAAAUGAAGAAAGACCAGCAACAGGAACCGAGCAAGAUACUUCCUUGCAAUGCAAACAGGCCCCUCAAUGUGGAAUGGCAGCUAAACUAGCAGCAGAUACAGCAGCUACUGGUGCUUUCUCAAAUCCUUUUUUUAUGGCGCGUGUAGGGGUGCACAAGUCGGAAAACAAUGACUGUGCUGCACGUUUGCAGGUAAACGCUCAAUAUGAUCCUGGAGCCAUUGCUGCCGCAGCUGCCACUGCCCACAGAAACGCUGGCGCAGUCGAGUAUGGCACGACAAGAAUGUAUUAGAUAAGCACUCGAAUGGAGUUUUGGCAAGAUGUUCUAAUUGGUUCCGCCGAAUGGACUAAAAGAACAAUGUUCGUGGCUCGAAAUUGCCUGAGUCGGGUUCCCUGUGUUUAGUUGGAAGACACUUUUUGUCCAUAAGAUUAUGGAUUUCGUCCACAGAUAGAUCUUGUUUAUCUCAAAAUACUAUAGUUUUUUAGACCUUGGCCAUGAUUUUCACCAGAGUUUUGUAUUAGAGAAAAGAACAGAAGUACUCUGAAUAAGUAUGAUAGUUCAUUUAUUGGAUCACUGUUAUAUGUUGUAAACCCAACAGGCUGCCAUAACUGAGCUGUGUGAUUCAGACUUCAAAACUUACCAUCACCAUUGACCCUUGAA